GGGGGUCGGUCCGAGGCGGUGCUUUUAAAACGCAGUGUUCGCCUCCACCCCUCAGACAUGUAUUUUAGGAAAGCUGCUUUUCACCCCCCCGGCCCCGUGCUAGUAGCAGAGCCGUCGGCUUUUGACGCACUUUGAGCGGUCCGAGUGGAAGCAGCCCGCCCGCCCGGCUCGGUUCGCUGCCCGCUGGAAAUAAAGAAACGUCACUAAAAUGGCGCCAAAAGAUUAAGUUCGGAGGCGCUCGGUUGCCCCGAACCUGGGGGCUCGUGCGGGACGGGAAAGAAAGUUCGGGCCGCCGCCGCUAACCCGCACGCGACGUCUUGUCGGAUAUAUUUAGCGUAUAAAUGGUUUUAUUUUAAGGGUAUCCGCUUUUUCCCCCCCACUGAGAUUAAUGAAGGCGCCAUAAGGCAAAACUACACGCAGUACGAAGGAGCGCCGAACCUGAGGUACUGACUAGGACGGCUGGCCGUGCGCUUCGAAGCCGCUGCGGGGAGGAAAUGUAAUGCAAGUCAGACUUGAAUUUGGAAUAAGGACAGCAGUCUCCUGUGAGCUGAUAAGGCACACCAUGUCUGCAACAGAACUGGUAAUGAGAGAAAUCGGCAGAGUUGAGAACCCAGCGCUGUUUGCUUAGACGUCUGACCAUGAAGCGCAACAAACACCCCAGCAGCAGCGACGAGUCCGAUGAUGGAAGCAGCUCCACCUCCUGGUCCCAGAGUUCCAAGUCCCACCUCAGGAGAAACACAUGGCCUAGAGCCAAGAGUAGGAAACCUUCUGAGGUCUUCAGGACGGACCUCAUCACGGCCAUGAAGCUGCACGACUCUGUCCAGCUGAACCCUGAGGACUUCUUCAUCCUGCUCGACUCGUGGAGACAGGAAUGGGAAAAGGGGGUGCAGGUUCCCGUCAGUCCGAACUCCAUUCCACGACCCCUGGUCCGGGCCACUUUCGACAAAACCAAAGCUAUCAUGUUCAGCCGGCCCAAGAAGCUGAUCCGCUCUUCGGGGUCCGAGCCGCCGCCUUUGGGCUACGUGGGACUGCAUGCCCUCGCUGAGGCUACAUGCCGCUACGACCUGUGCGAGCUGGACAUGGCCUGGCUGGAGAUAGCCAAUGAGGAGUUCCGUGAGAUGGGACUGCAGAACAUCGAUGAGCUGACGAUGGAGCGAGUCAUGGAGGAGUUUGAGCAGCGUUGCUACGACAACAUGAGCCACGCCAUGGAGACGGAGGAAGGGCUGGGCAUCGAAUAUGACGAAGAUGUUGUGUGCGACGUCUGUCAGUCUCCUGACGGAGAAGAUGGCAACGAGAUGGUUUUCUGUGACAAGUGCAACAUCUGUGUCCAUCAAGCGUGCUAUGGCAUCCUGAAGGUGCCCGAGGGCAGCUGGCUCUGUCGGACCUGUGCCCUGGGUGUGGCGCCCAAAUGCCAGCUCUGCCCCCAGAAGGGGGGUGCCAUGAAGCCCACGCGCAGUGGCAGCAAGUGGGUCCACGUCAGCUGCGCACUCUGGAUCCCAGAGGUGAGCAUCGGGAACCCCGAGAUGAUGGAGCCCAUCACCAACGUGUCCCACAUCCCCAGCAACCGCUGGGCUCUGCUCUGCUGCCUGUGUCAGGAUAAGACUGGGGCGUGCAUCCAGUGCUCUGCCAAGAACUGCCGGACAGCGUUCCACGUCACCUGCGCCCUGCACUGCGGCCUGGAGAUGAACACCAUCCUCACGGAGACCGACGAGGUCAAAUUCAGGUCCUUUUGCCUCAAGCACUCCAGCAAGCUGAGGGCUAGGCGCGAGGAUGGCAGGGGCGUGAUCGUGGCGCCCCUGCAGGCCGGAGGCCAGUAUGAGCCGACUGGCAGCGGCCGCAAGAUGAAACUACAGCAGCUGGAGGAUGAGUUCUUCCGCUUUGUGGUGCCGGGUGAUGUGGCCCGGGGCUUGCAUCUGUCGGAGGAGCUUGUGGACUUCCUGUACCAGUACUGGAAGCUGAGGAGGAGAGCAAACUUCAACCGCCCGCUUCUUACACCCAAGAGGGACGAGGAGGACAACCUGGCCAAGAAGGAGCAGGACGUGCUUCUCUGUAGACUAAGGCUCUUCACUCACUUGCGGCAGGACCUGGAGCGAGUACGUAACCUGACCUAUAUGGUGACGCGCCGGGAGAAGAUCAAGCGCUCCUUGUGCCGGGUGCAGGAGCAGAUCUUCCAGCACCGCAUCAGGCUCCUGGAGGAGCCACGGAGGGCAGCCCCCAGAGGGUCUUCUCGGAGUUCAGAGGAUGCCACAUUCCUCAGCUGGGUCUCCUCGCACCCUGUGAAACUGCGACCCGGGAGACGCGCCGAACCGGCCCCGCAGAGUCAGGACCGAGGAGGAGGCGGGCUCCGAGGCUCGGCGAGGAGGCCGCCUGACCACGAGCGCGAGCUCAGCGGCACGAGGAGCCACAGGCGAGUCACCAGGGGGCCCGAGGCCCAGCUGGCAUCAGACAGACGCAGUGGCCUUCGGGAGCGGGCCCCCCCCAAGGCCGCCCCCCCCCGGCCCGGACACACAAGCUCUAAAUACAAUGGCCUUCUGCGGGCCAAUCCCUGUCCUGCUUCACAGCGGCCAGCCACCGCCGUCCUGAAAAACUGGGGCACCUUCAAGAUCCCGAAGAAGAGUGGGAGGCAGGUCCAGGUGGACCGGGACGUGCCCCCCCGCGGGCUGGCGGAGAGAAACACCCCCGGCAGGACCCGUAGUCGCCCCUGUGCCAGGGCACAGCUGGCAAACUCCAAUGUGGGGACAAAGGGGAAGUGCCACGUGCCCAUCACGCGCCGCUACGGCUCGGACAUCAUGCCCCGCGGCAUCCUGGCCUCGUGAAUGCCAGCCCUGACCUCUGACCCUUGCCCUUUUGGGCCCCAAAAAAGAGAAACUUCGAUCACAGAUUCCAUCAAAGAGCUGGUAUUUAUUUUUUAUUUUAUGUAUUUUUACAUUGUCCUUCUUCCGUGUGCAGCUUUGAGUCCUGCUCGUUUCCCCAGUGCCUAGAAACGUGUCCCCGGCCUACGAUCACAUUCUGCACCCGAGGCGUCCGCAGAGGCGGCUGGUCUCUGUCCGUGGCUGACGGUCUCCGUGUGGGACAGCUAGAGGGCGCCUCGGGGUGGCACUACUGAGUGCCCGUUAUCGGGCUGACUGAGAGCAGUGGAGCAAGGCGCACUAACGUGUUAGUGUGCGAGCUCAGUGCAGAGUCUGACGUAGCCAAUAACUUAUUGGUUCCUGUAAAGACCUGUGACACUGUAAAUUUCCAAAAAAAAAAAAAAAAAUGUAAAGAAUCACAGUAAUUUAAUAAGCUUUAUUUAAAUGAAUGUCCUUACAAAUUGACAGGAUUUUCUACUUUAAAUUGAAAAGAACUGGACACUUUAUGGAGCCCUUAGUGAAUUCGUUCACUAAAUGGCACCAGCAUCCCUUCAGGGUUUUUGUUUUUUUUUUCUCUCCAAAUGACAGUGAUGCACUAAUGAAAACCAUUGGCUAUGCAUCUUGGCAUGCUGUCACUUGCAGACAUGUGUCUGGGUCUCUAAUCGUGAGCAAUUAACCCAGGUAAUCAGUAUUCAAAGAUACUUGGCAGUGAAAAGUGGAGAUCGUGUCUGUUCGCCCACGCUCGUGUGGUGGCUCGUCCGGAGCAGUGCCCGGCGUGCACGUCUCUGGCGUGCAGCUUAGUGACCCAGGCUGUGAUCCGUCCUCGUGUUUGUGCACUGCGCCGUGCCCUCGCACAAGUGCUACCUACCUUCUCAGACAAAUUUUAAUGAUUUCUGAAAAAAAAUUAAAUUGUCACCUUCUGUAGUGGAUAAAAACACACUUCCAUUCGAGGGGAUGGUUGUAGUCAUAGAUGAACCAGUGAUUUCCUGUGACAAACUGGUUGAUCUCUCCCACCAACCUUAUGGGUAAGAGGGAGGUUUCGCUUCGCCUUAACUUAGUUGAUUUAGUUGGUUCUGACUCCUUAUGCCCUGACAUAGAACAUUCUAUUCUCACUAGACUGGCUUGGUUCAUCCAAAUGAUUCUGACUUGAUAGCGCAAACCCGUUUUCGGGCCUAAUAUUUAAAAAAAAAAAAAAAAAAAAAAAAAAAGCUCAUGGAUUUUAGGCAAUAAGUAACGACCUACAGCUUGGUGACAUUCUGUACAUUCAGCUAAUGCCAGGUGACAGGUCGCGUCUGGCCGUUCAGGCCAUGGUUCCAGGCUCCAGACUCGCUGCUGUGAGCUCAAAGUCACAAGAUUCCCCGAGCGAGACUGGGGAACACCACCAAACAGGAAACCAAAAGUAUUCAGGUUUUGAAUACCCAGAAGAAAACGGUAGUCAUUUGGAACAAUGUCUCUAUUUGGUCUUUAUAUAUAUAUCUAUUUUUCUUGCAGAUUUUGUAGUGUUUUUUCCUUGUUAGAUUUUUCAUCAGACCAUAUUGAAACCAUUUGCAGCCCAUUGUAAAACUGGAACGUUUUUAUGAGAAAUGACAGAUCUGGUGGAGUGUUAGUAUUUUUUUCCCCCCCUCGUCAGGCAUGCUUUUUCAAUUCAGUCACGCCGUCACUGUGGAAUGGGCGCGGGUGUGUCUUGCAUAUCUGUCAUCGUUGCCAUGAUGCAGGGUAAUGUCUUUGCUGUGUGGCGAAACCAGCAUAAAACCGAAUGGGUCUCUUUCCAUCUGUUAAUCUCCAGCAUUGUCAUUGUGAGCUCACUGGAACCACAGUAAAACGUCUUAAGAGAAAAAAAAAA